AUGGACGACAAGGAGGGCACCGUCAAUCCCCUGGAAUCCGAUGCUCGCAAGCCCAGCGCAAUGGCCAACAAAGAUGAUCCGUCCGCUACAAAGCAGGAAGAAAUAAAACAGCAGGCUGACGGAAUGGCUCGAAUUGCCAGCGACUUUACCGACACCGUCACUAUCCGAGCUGAGCAGAAGUUCUUCAAAGUCCCUCGAGCUCUACUGAUUGCUACCUCGGUCUUCUUCGCAGAAGAGUUGAACCAAGGCGAGCCAAAGAAGUUUUUCCUCGUCCUUGACGACCUCGAUGUUGAGCUCUUCAACAUCUACGUCAACCUGCUCUUCGAAUCAGCCUUCGCACCAAAGUUCAGGAUCCGAGGCCGCCAUUUGUCCUCCGCACGAACCUUCCCCGGCUACAUCGAUCUCCUCUUGAGACUCUGGCAGCUUUGCUUGCGCUUUCGCAACUCCAAUUUGCGCCUGUGCGUGGAGGAGGCUUUGAUGACGCAGUACUUUGGAGAGUUUACUGCUGAACAGUGGGAAACGGUGUACGUCAAGUUCCCCGAGGCCCAUAUGCGCCAGUUACUUUCGAAGCUGCAGAGGGGUUAUACCAUGUGUGUCAACGAGUCGAUCCCGUUCGCGCAGGAUUUCGUCACUGCUUGUGCGAAAUGCCCAGGCCAGGUCGUGGCCACGUGCUUCGAUCAUCUCGACCCUGGCUUCAAGGCCGAGGUUGUGAAGGCUUUCGCACUUCGUGUGGCAGACCCAAAGGUGACCCAGAGAAAGAGGAGAUGCCAAGAGGAGACUGAGCCCAAGGUUUUGAAGAAGAGACAGAGUUCUACAACGGCCCAGCUUUGA